AUGCGCAGCGGAAUAUCCAUCUCGCUGCCGUUCCUGUCGACGGUAGUCGCAGCGCUUUUCUCAUCGGUGACGGGAUCACCGAUCAAAGUUCCCAGAGACCUGAGCACAACUAGUAUUCCUAGUUAUGUGCUGGACUAUGCGCCUCUAGUCUGGCUAUACAGCGAUGACGAGUAUAGACCAUCUGACAUCGGACAACAGGUGGCCCAUACCAUUCCCGAAGUGAACUGGAAAGAAGUUGAGGGAGCUCUGUCCCCAUUGACCCUAGACAACCUUGACAGCCUUAACGACCUGGGAAACACGAGCGUGUACCUGACAUCAAAAGAAGGCAUCAAUGCCACUAUACAGCCGGCAUGGUUUAACGGAGUGACUCCGGAUGACCAAGGCAAGACAAAUGGUGCUGUGUCCUCGGCGAUCAUCGUGCGAGACCAUGGAGACGGGACUGUUGACGCGUUCUAUUUCUACUUCUAUGCAUACAAUCGGGGCAAUGUUGUCCUGGGUAUGAUGUUUGGCGACCACGUCGGGGACUGGGAGCACAACAUGAUUCGAUUUGUGAACGGCGUCCCGGAUGCUAUCUGGUACAGUCAGCACUCCGACGGAGAGGCAUUUAGCUACACGGCGACAGAGAAGAAUGGCCAGAGACCGAUUGCCUACUCCGGGAAUGGAACGCAUGCCGUAUAUGCCAUAUCAGGGAACCACGACCACACUAUCCCAGGCCUCAACUUCAACAACGGCCUGAUUGUAGACCACACCGACCAAGGAGUCCUGUGGGACCCCACCCUUAGCGCAUAUGCAUACAGCUAUAAUGCCGACACGGCACAAUUCCAGCCCUAUGACGCCAGUUACCCGGUGAGCUGGCUGCAGUUCAACGGUCAAUGGGGGGACGAUAAAUUGCCCGGACAAAAGGAAAUCUUCGGGCAGUCCAAGUACUCGGCUGGCCCUAACGGGCCGAAGUUCAAGAAGUUGGUCCGAAAGGAUGUGUGCCCGUCGGGUCUGUGCAUUGUUCGAACUGAUCUGGGACCGUGA